UAACUUCAGGUUUAACUCUGGUCAUUAUCCAGAUAACUAAAGCUUUAACUCAGGUUGAACUCUGGUUUAACUCUGGUCAUUAUCCAGAUAACUUCAGCUGUAACUCAGGUUUAACUCUGGUCAUUAUCCAGAUAACUUCAUGUUUAACUCAAGUUUACCUCCUGUGAUGAUGUUGUUGUGAUGUUUCAGGCGAAAACCGGUUCCGCUCUCCUCUCGAGUGGGACAUGGUCGGUAAGAACUUAUUCGCCAUGGCGGUGGAGGGCGUGGUUUUCUUCAUCAUCACCGUCCUCAUCCAGUACAAGUUCUUCAUCAAGCCCAGCUCCGUCAGUAAACUCACUAAACUUGGUCCACUCGGUGAGGAGGAUGAGGACGUGGCGCGUGAGAGACAGAAGAUUGUCCAUGGUCUUGGACAUGGAGACAUCCUGGAGCUGCGGCAGCUUACUAAGGUGUUUAAGAGGAAGCAGAAACCGGCCGUCGAUCGACUGUGCGUCGGGAUUCCGCCUGGAGAGGGUUUCGGCCUCCUUGGUGUGAACGGAGCAGGAAAAACUACAACCUUUAAGAUGCUGACCGGAGACACAGUGGUGACCAGUGGAGAAGCCUUCCUGGCUGGGAAGAGUAUCCUGAGGGAAAUAGAUGAGGUCCAUCAGAACAUGGGUUACUGUCCUCAGUUUGACGCCAUCAACGAGCUGCUAACAGGAAGAGAACAUCUGGAGCUGUACGCCGUACUCAGAGGUGUCCCUGAACACCAAGUCUGCCAUGUGGCAGAGUGGGGGAUCAGGAAGUUGGGUCUGAUCAAAUACGCUGACAAAGCAGCAGGAAGUUACAGCGGAGGAAACAUGAGGAAACUGUCCACUGCCAUGUCUCUGAUCGGCGCUCCGCCCGUUGUCUUCCUGGACGAGCCCACAACCGGCAUGGACCCUAAAGCUCGCCGCGCUCUCUGGAACUGCAUCCUCAGUGUCAUCAAGGAGGGACGCUCUGUGGUCCUCACCUCACACAGUAUGGAGGAGUGUGAGGCUCUGUGCACCAGGAUGGCCAUCAUGGUCAACGGCAGGUUCAGAUGUUUGGGCAGCGUCCAACACCUGAAGAACAGGUUUGGUGAUGGUUACACCAUCAUCCUGCGGGUCACAGGUCACGACCCUGACCUGGUUCCUGUGAUGAAGUUCAUCGAGAGCGAGCUGCGCGGCAGCACGUUGAAGGAGCGUCAUCGUAACAUGCUUCAGUAUCAGCUGCCGUCCUCGCUCACCUCGCUCGCUCACAUCUUCUCCGUCCUCGCCGACAACAAGGACACGCUACACAUCGAGGACUACUCCGUCACGCAGACCACGCUCGACCAGGUGUUUGUGAAUUUUGCGAAGGACCAGAGCGACGACUAUCACUCCAAAGACAAUGCUGUGAGACACAAAGACGUGUCCGUCCACGUCCCCGCGCUCAACACUGGCGCCGCAGAGGGCCACGACCACACGCUGACAGAGAGCGUCAUGUGACAACCUGAAGACCUGACCCCUCCCCCCCACCUGAUUUUAGUGGGUGGAGUCACCUCCUGCCUUAUGCCAGUCAAUGCAAGGGAUUUUUUGUCGCAGCCGCUGACCUGUGACCUGUGACUGUUCUCCGGCCGCUGACCUGUGUGUGUGUGCGUGUGCGUGUGUGCGCUGUGGUGUGUGUGUGUGUGUGUGUGUGUGUGUUCUGGACUAACGAUGAAGAAUCUGAAUCAUUUCAAACGUCCAAAGACGAGACUGAAAAUCAGUGUUUUAAAAAACCUUUAGAUUUUUUUAUUUAUGUUUAAAUGUAAUCUGUUUCCUGUUGAACAGCCAAUCACAGCGUUCCGUGUUGAUUUGACAGAUUUGUUCGUGUGGGUGUGAAACAGUGAAUGACCUCAUCGGCUCCUCACACUACGGUAUUGAACGGUGAUCAGCUGAUCAUUGAUCCUCACUCAUGUUUGUUUUUGUGUCUGAGCUGCGACCAGCAGGAGGCGACACUGACACCAGCAGCACUUUGUUUCUCUUUGCACUGAUGAUGUCAUGAUGAUGUCAUGUGACAACAAACGCUGAUGGGAAAAACUGUUACUGACCCUGAACAAGUCUCAUUAAAGGAACCAAAUCUA